AUGCUAUCUCCCGCGAGGUUCGCGGGCCACGAGCAACACAAGAUCGUGCCGCCUAAAAACGCAGGCGUUGUUUUCGACAGCCGGGCGGCACCCAUCCGUUUCGCGUUGCCGUUCAAGCCUUGGAUCUUCAUAUGUUUCGCCGGAUUCUCGGGGGCCAUGUGCGGUAGCCUCUUCUUUAGGAAGUGCGUGUUGCGGAAGAACCCACCGAAUCCUAAUAAUCUCUGCAGCCCCCGAGAGACCCCAACGAAAGACCACCUGAGCAACAUCCACACACGCCGGAUGAGUAGUCGACGCUGCGCAUUAUUGUUACUGAUUCUACUGCUGAGGUUCACGGACUGCAUCCGCCGAGGUCAGCGAUUCGACGCGGCGUUCGUGAGGCUGACAUUGCUCACCGCCAAGACAAACGCACACGACUAUUUAAGUAAUGAUGACCAUCGUAAAAGGACCACUUUUGGAGAUGAAACAACGGGCAUCUUCAACCGCCAAAACAGCGUAACAUCUGCGUUGCGCAGCUCGUGCAUUCGCGCAGAUGGAGGAAAGUCCGAUCUGGAAGCACAAAUUGGUGAUGGAAACGAUGCCUUUCUGGAUAUUAGUGUAGACGGCAGCCUUAGUGUACCUGACGGUACCUCAGACUGCGGAACUCGAAACUCCGGCGACGACUAUGGCGACGGCAACGGAGAUGUCGUUACUGCAGACGACAGCUCAAAGCGUAUAAUGAUACCCUACACUGUGAACUACCCGGUGAACCACGAGGACCUCAGAGAACUCAACGCUGAUGAACGUCCUGAGAAGGCAAAAGAAAAACUGGACCAGUUGGGGUUCUUCCAGGCGCUUGACAAGGGCCAGGAGGUUGCCAACACACAGCGACCCGCUCCACAGGAAGCCACUGACAGCUAUUCGUUAACGAUGUCUACUCUCGAACCCGACAGUAAGGUCUGGGAGUGUAUGAAGACGACCUCAAUGGCGCAACAAAUCGGCACGAAGCAGGCCUCCAAGGAUGCAGUUACAUUCCAGUGUCCGAGCAGAAUGGACUACGAAAGCCUACGCGACCAGUGGAUUGUCGGUAGGGCACGAAUACACUGGUUCCCGCGGUACUUCGGCAAGAGCCUGGGUGAGCUCUCGGAACAUAUCAAGAUGUGCGACGUCAUUCUAGACGUCCGAGACGCACGGAUACCGUAUGUGGCAGAUUCUGACUUUCUGCUCAACGUUUACAACAACAUGUUCACGCACAAGCCUAAGGUGCUCGUGUUCACGCACGCUGAUCUCGCAGCAAUCAAGGGGAGUGAGGAAUGGGGCACCUAUUACCGCAUUAAGAACUUCUGGGAUGCGCAGCAGUUUAACCGGAACAUACCAGAACAAAAUCGCAAACCCGUCACGCCGGUAAUAUUCGUCGACGCCAAAAACGGCAUAUCGUGCAUUGUAAGGCUCAAGAAGCUGAUUUACAAGUUGUGCCAAAGGGUCAACCAGCGACGCGCCAGGAGAGGCCUAGCGGCCAGACCGCUGCGAGCGAUCGCCCUGGGAAUGCCCAACGUAGGGAAAAGCGCCCUCAUUAACCGACUGCUGGGACGGCACAAAGCCAGGAGUUUCAACGCUGCUGGAGUCACCAGGGAUAUUAGGCUGGUUAGGCUCCACCCGCAAGAAUACAGGGAAGCCGCACACAAGAUUAUAGACGUCAUAGACACGCCGGGGGUUCUCCCUGCGAAUCUCUACAACAUGGCCUUCGGACCAGCAAAGGGUAAAAGCGACCGAAAGCGCAACCGCCUUCUUGGCAGUAUGUACUUUAAUUUGCCGCAAACAUAUGUGCAUGGAGGGCAUAGCAAGACAGGAAUCGAUGCGAAACAGGCGCCCCUUGAACGCAACGUGUGGCUCAUCGCUGCCGCGAACCAGAUUGUCGAGGGGGCGUACGACAACGACCAGGCUGCGGAGAAUCUGCUGGAGCAGGCGCUGGAGGUUUACAAACGCAAGCGUUCCUAUGUGGAAUUGCCCAGGAUACUGAAGCGAAUAGGACUCGAUUACACGCCGAGCAUUCUGGAGAUGCACCCAGCGGAUUUCAGCCACGAAUGCCUCCAAACAGCCAGCCAUAAACACCACGGCGGUGAUGUUAAUGCCGCUGCCAGCCGCAUUCUAGCUGACUUCCGACGUGGCUACUACGGCAGGAUAACGCUUCAGACACCGCCGUCUGAGAUCCCGAAUCGACGACGCACAUAUCCAGAGGAAACGUCAGAGGGUCAUACGGAGGCUUCUUCGAGGCCCGCAAAACGCGAAUACGCUCCUGGUAUAUAUGAGGGCUGGUAG